UCCACGUCGCGCGGUCGUCCUCGACGUACGUGUAGAUCGUUCGCGUUCGUCGCGCCACGCUCGCGUCUCAGCACGUCCUACGUCCACGGACGGAGUGGCGGUUCGCAUCUUACCGGGCAGCAUUAGAGUCGUUUCGUUAUUUUCUAAUACUGUCAGGUAAAGAUGUCGUCCGCGCUCCAAGUUCUGCGCAUCGAGAAGUCUGCGAGGAAUUCGGGCCGGGCUGUGGAACCGGUCGGUCGGUGGUUUAUAUUUACCGGCUGCGCCGGCGCUACGCGGUUGCGGUUGCGUCACGUCGAGCGCCGCCCGCGCCACGCACCACGCCGUUCAGCAACACUCGUCUGGAUGGACUGCCCCGGGACGGAGAAGAAGCCACUGGUAAAGCUAUGUGGAGUGAGCGACUCGGCUGAAGGCGGCACGCAGGCGGUCGCCACGUGUUCGCGCGCCAGCGCGCCGCCGCACCGUACGCUGCUCUCGCAAAGUGGUCGUGCAGAACGCUGCGUGUGCGAUUCAGCAACCAGCGUGUGUGGAGCCCCGCGCGCGCAGUUCGGCGGCGUGGGCGAGGCUCCGGGCCGCUGGCCACCCGCCCGCUGUCCGCUGCCCACAGUCACAGUACACAACAGCCACGAGAACUCGCUGUCGGAUCACCGCACAUCUGGCGGAACACUUGCGGCCAUACACCUCUCUCCUGUGCUAUCCUAACACAUGCGGUGAUCCUGCUAGGAAUGCUGAGCAUAGAGUCCUCCACAUCUCUUACGGAUUCCAUUCUUAAAUAGUAGCUUUAUUGAAAUCCCGCACGUAUGGGUGCAUGGCUGAUUCCAAACACCUCGCUUAGGACUAUCCCACCAGUUGUUUUAUCGAGUUUAUGUCAGGUGAGCCAGCAUGCCAGUCCAAACGUGUUAUGUUGUGUUCUAAGAAAGCAGUAUUGACUCGUUGAGCUUGAUUUGCAUCAUGGAUGAGUACGAAUUGGUGCUCAUAGUUUUUUCCAAAGGUUGUGACGAUUCUGUCAACAGCGCCUGUUUUAUACAAUCAGCGUUAUGAGGAAUCAAAGUCGUUUAAGCUUCUAACAUUAUUCCACUUCAAAAAGACGUCGACUUUCUUGGAGCCUGAACGCUCCCGGUGGCAGUUCUUUGCCUUUCUGGCAAGGCGUGGCUUGUGUUUUUAAUUAAUUUAGUAAGGUUUUAUUGGAGAUGUUAUGUACCGACGUGUAUUCAACGCCAACAUGUGACAGUGAGCGGGCUGUGGGCCAGGGGGGGGGGGGGGGCAGAUGUCGCGGCGAGCGCAUUCCGUGGCCGCGCCGGCUGCUCCGUGGACAAACGGGUUUCAUAGCCAUGGCCAUGAUGAAGUCGACGACACCUUAAUUAUAAUAUACGAUAGAGGAGCUAUUUCGAGAGCAUCCGCCGCCGCGCAGCCGCCUCGCCGCGCCGCGACGGUCCCCGAGCUCAGUCCACUGUCACCAGCCGGUUGCCUUCACUCACUAUUCCUCAGUGGACUCAAAUCACCUCACCUUGCUGGAUGUCUUUUAUCUGACUAACAUAAAUAUAUUUUAUGCAAUUCUUAAACAUA